CGGAAAAUUGGCGUCUUCAGGUAAAACCCGGGAAUUGUAGCCGUGGAAUCUCCGGAGUUGGGCAAAGUUGACCGCCCCCGCUCUUGUUCUGCGAAAGAGUUGACCGUCCCCCCGCUCUUGCUCUGCUUUCUCUUUCGCUCGCGAGAUUCUAGAGAGAGAGAGAGAGAGAGAGAGAGAGAGAGAACCAGUCUUCCGUUCAGACUUAGCGCAGGCGUUCGAGGAACGACGGCGAAUUGAAGCAUGGGCAGCGGGAGCAAGAUGCGGGGACCGAAUCGUUGGACCGCUCAAGUCGGAAGUUUCAGUCUUCGAUUUAUUUGGCACUUUAUACAUUUUAUUAUCAGCGCAUGUUUCUUCGUGCUGGGAUUAGCUGGUGCAGUCGAUAGUUAUCUCAUCUCAAGUGGACUUUUGAAGAAAUAUAAUGACCUUAAUCUGGGGAAGCUCCAGUAUCUAGCCAUUGUGUUGGAUAGUGAUGAAGCUCGGCAAACUUCACAUGUUAUUAAACUUCUGCAGUGGCUGUCUGAUGUUGGCGUGAAACAUGUAUGCCUGUAUGAUGAAGAAGGGGUCUUGAAGAAAUCUAAGGAUGCUAUCUUGGAGAAGUUGAGCCAUAUCAGAUUAUUUAAGGAAACUGAUGAGAUGUUACCCCUUGACAAAAAAAACAUGACCCUUGAACUUGCUUCACCAUCUGAUGGGAAGGAAGCCAUGGAAAAAGCUGCUAAUUUACUUUUCACAAAGCAUUUGGAACUGAGAAAUACCACAGAGGAUCAGGGGGAUAAUAUUUUUACAGAAGCUCAUAUGACUGAGGCACUCAGAGCUGUUGGUUGUAGUGGGCCAGAACCUGACCUCCUAUUAGUUUAUGGACCCGCAAGGUGCCACUUAGGUUUCCCCCCAUGGAGGCUCCAAUAUACAGAGAUUGUACACAUGGGACCCUUGAAAUCCAUGAAACGUGGUUCAUUAAUGAAGGCUAUUUACAGAUUCACAUUGGUUCGCCAAAAUUAUGGCAAAUGAGACGUUGUCUACGAGAAGAUCAAGAUCUGGACAACGCAAACAGCGAUGUAUAUGUGGGAACAACAUUGUUUCACCAUAUUUAUAGAUUGAAUGGGUAUAUUUUGUAUGAGCACUGAAUUUAUACUGGAACCUAGGGGAAGAAAAUCUAGUCUGAUGGUCCUGCAUCGUCGUCAGCUCGAUCAAAGUCGGAAUUGUGAUUACGGGGCUUUGACAUCUUGGAUUUCUUCGAAUGGAAUCCGAAUAUUUCUCUGCCAUUUACAUUUCUGUGUGUAUCUGUUACCGACAGGAACACUUGGUGAUUGAAUAAGUUUUGAUCUCUUUUCUUCCA